GGUGCUAGCCACGCCGACGUCGGCUUGCGCUGCAGUUCAAUCUGCGAUUAUCCUCAUGAUAUGCUGUGUUCAUUCUCUCGCCGCCCCUGGACUGGGCCUAUAACUUGUUUCUUUGUGUUGAGCACAUUGCUUGCAGCUAUCAUCUUUCUAGGCAUCCCCAGUCUACAGCGCUUACGCCUACGUAUCGGCGUCUCAUUGUUCGACUCAGGGUUUCUAGGCCUGUACCCCGUUCGCGAAUAUGUCUCGAGUGGUCUUGUGUCCCCGAAGCUGGAACAGGUAGCGUGGGAUCCGCGAUGCAGCAACGACCUGGUCUUCCUCUCGGCUCGCGGCGACGCGGUCGAGCAGCCGGGACCCAUGAUCUUCGAUGCCCAGGGGGAACUGGUAUGGAAGCUGCCACCCACCUCCGAGCGGCUGGACAAUUUUCAAGUGCAAAAGUACCGCGGAGAGACAUUCUUGACCUACUGGCAUGGGGUCGGGGAGAAUGGCCAUGGCCGCGGCUCCUGGAUCAUGGUGGAUUCGACCUAUACUCCCCGUAUCGAAGUCCGCGCCGUGGGCAUGGCGGAGGGCGACAUGCACGAAUUUCGCAUUACCCCCAAUAACACCGCCCUCGUCAUUGUCUACACCACCGAACCGGCGGAUUUGAGCGAGCUGGGCGGGCCACAGCACGGUUAUAUCCACGACUGUCUCUUUCAGGAGAUCGACAUCGCCACCGGGGAGUUACUCUUUGAAUGGCGCAUGUCAGAGCAUGUGCCUCUAACCAGCUCCUACGAGGCAUUACUGGGCAAUGGGUGGAGCCCCGCGCAUCCCUACGACGUCUUCCACAUGAACAGCGUAGACAAGGACGAGGCCGGCAACUACCUGGUUUCUGCCCGACACACGCACUCGAUCACUAGCGUCGAUAGCCGCACAGGUGCGGUGCUCUGGACCCUUGGAGGGGCGCUGAACGAGUUUGCGGAUGCCUCCAACGGCUCCGCCACCGACUUCGCCUGGCAACACCAUGCGCGGUGGCAGGAUAGCCAGACGAUCAGCCUGCUCGAUAACGGCGCCAAGUGGUUCUUCGACGAGCCCACCGCCAGCCGUGGGCUAGUUCUGGAUUUGAACGUGCCCAACCGCAUCGCGACUGUCAAGGCGACCUACCAGACCCCCGUAGAGCAGCCAACCGGGGCGCUCUCGCAAGGCAGCAUGCAGUUGCUGCCAGACACAGGCAACGUCUUCAUCGGCUGGGGCCACUGCGCCGCGUUCACGGAGUUUGCGCCGGACGGGGAAGUGCUGUGCGACACCCAUUUCGGGGCGGGUAACUGGUUCCAGCUGGGCCAGGUGAUGUCCUAUCGAAUCACAAGGGGCCGAUGGGUUGGCCGACCCAGAACCCGACCUGACGCAGUCGUCCGCGGGACCUCGGUAUACGUGAGCUGGAAUGGCGCCACGGAGGUGGCGAGGUGGCAGGUCCAGCGCUGGGACGGUCAGAACAUGGGUCAGCAGAUGGCCUUUACUGCCGAGCUGACUGUCCCUCGCGACGGGUUUGAGACCGAGAUCCCUCUCUCUGACGAGGGAGGGACGACGGUGUAUUUCCGAGUGGCCGCCCUAGACGCGCAGGGUCAGGAACUCGGAGUCUCCCAAGUACUGGGGCAGCAACCCCAAGGCUGGGGCGAGUGGUUCGCGAGCCGGUAUCUCGACCCCAUGUCGAGUGAAGUGGAGACGACGCUGGUCUUGGUUGGUGGUUGUCUGAGCUGGUGUGUCUUUCUGCUCUGGAGAUGGGUUGUGAAUCGCAGGUCGAAGCGCUGGGGAUACAAGCCUCUGUCGCUGGAGAUGUCACCUCGAUAUAGCACGGACGAUUCUCAGGAAGUAUUAGGAUAAAUCGCAUGUUUAGGAUGUAGAUUUCGCGGAUAGUAUACCUCUCUGUUUUUCUCUUUUUUCUCCUUUUU